GAUCUUUAGACUAAAAUCCUUAUUGAAGAUGAAGGAAGUUUCUAAAACCGCCAACCCUUGUUGUUACUUAUUCAUCGGCGGAUGAUAGAGCUUUUCUUGUUCUGCUUUCCUAUGAUAUGGAUUCGGUUGAUUCUCCUGUGGUAUCGACUGCCUUUGUUCGGCUGAGACUUCAGCGUCUGCGGAUUCUCUAGUAGCUGCUAUAGCAUCUGCUUCGUCGGGUGCUGAAUCGGAUGCUUUAUCUGCGCGGUUUGAAACUCUUUGGAAAAGAAAAUGCUUUGCCCAGGAAUUCUAGGUUGAAAGCCCUCUCUGACCAAAAAAACCAGGAACGAAAGUCUUCAUCCUAGGCUUUGGAAUCAAUCAAAAGAGCCGGAGUCGAGUAAGGAUACAACGCAUCAGUAUAAGCUGCUACAGCAUCAGGCAGGGCAAAGGUACUUUCCAGACCUGAAUCUACAAAAGAUGGAACCUAAAUAAGAAGCCAGAUGAAAGGGUCACUACCAUUUGUCACGGUUACGAUGUUGUCGUGAUCCUUGAUACUGCAGAAAAAUAUAGAGAAAAUGGGACUCAUGCAGUUGCAAUUACUACUGCAUUUGCAUGUAGUCUCGAUGAGUAAAAAAACUUUACCUUGAGGCCGCAAUCUAAAACCAUGUUUACGACCGACAUCCUAUUCGUCUUGAAAUCGCCAUUCAUUCACGAUUCAGGGACAAAAACGAGACAACCUCCGAUUCGCAUCGGUAGCAGCAGGAAUCCUAUCGAAUCGUGCGAUACUUAUCGUGAAUCGUACGAUACUAACUACCAUGGUUCCAAAUUGAAAAUUUUCCUUCCAAUGACUCCUGUGUGUGCGUGUGUGUUUUGCUUCCAUAAUUAUGUUCAGGGUAGAGUGGUUGAGUUCAGGGGGACAGGAGAUGCAUUAUAAAUUUGUGAGCAACAUAAUUGGCAUUACAUGAUUUAUGUAUAUCUCUUGGAGUGUCUGAUACCCAUGUCUCUCUGGAGAAGCAGUUGGCGAAAUGAUGCUCAGGGGGGAAGAUAACUGAAGGAAGAAAAGAAAAACGACAAUGGGAAGUUGAGAUGGUCAAGAUUUGUUCUUCUUCUGGUCAAAGAUGUGCAGGAACUGAAGGAUUUUUGGAAACAAGAAAAAAUUCAACCUUUCUGCCCUUAUAAGAAAAAUGGAAAAUCAGCAUCAACAAACUCAAGAAGUAGCUGGAUGAAUGUGAAAAGAUUCUAGCUAAACCAGUGAAUACAGAGAGAAGAACUAUCCAAGAACUUUGACAGUGAAGGCAGUGGGUCUUCAAAUGAUGCCUCAAAAACAAAAGGGAAAGUCUCAAGCUUUAACCUUUCAAAAUGUGUGAAGUGUUUUCUUUUAUCUAACUCACACGGUUGGCUUUGGAUCUCUUGGUACCAUUAGGAGUUUAGGAGAAUAUUGAACAAAUGACAGUAAAAUUGUAUCGAUCUUUGGAUCUUAUAAUUUAGGUUAUAGUUGAGCUUAUGCUAGUGAAUAUAUGUAAUCCAAUAUUAGGUUUCAUUACCUUACUCUAGAUGUGUCAGAGGAAAGAUCCCAUUAUUUUAUCAGCUUCUCUCUUUAUUCCUUUAGCCAUGUUUAGAUCUAGUUUUCUCUUUUCAAUUAGCUGUUAUUCUCAGUAUGAGUUCUUUAUAUUGCCCAAUCCAUAACUACUAUCCAUAUUAUACUGUCUUAUGUGUAGCCAGAACCAGGGGAUUGCAUUGGAUGCAUCAGAAGAAACUUUACAAUGUAAACAAUAGCAUGCAGUGAUGAUAAAAUUCUAUUGUCAAAUUCUUGCUUUCAAUGCUAGGUCUACUACAGCCUGUAUCAAAAUAGAGUUUUGACACUGAAACUCUGCAAGUUUGCAAUUCCAACCAGUCAUGAAACGUCAACUGAGUGACUGAUAUUGGCAUUGCUUUUACAAAACUGUAGAUUUUAGUGUUUUCUACAAGUAAUGAUAGCGCUAUUUGGCCAGGGUUGAUAAUGGCUUUAAAAUAAAUGAAACUUAGUAUGAGUGCUUCAGAUUCUUCAAAGAAUAUUACUCUGUAAUUGCAUGGUCUUACCACACAGAAUUUGGAAUUUUCAGUUGAAGAGGUUGGAUUCAUCUUCAGCAUGACAUUUCUAAGUAAACAUCCUGCUGCCUAUAUAUGAAGUGGUAAGAUAAAUAGGUGGUUGAUAUUUGGUUCUCAUUUGGGUGAUACUAUUCAAUGCUAAUGCUACACCAAUACACCAUGUAUAUGGAUCUUGAUUUGGUACUUGAAAUAUGAAGGAGGCACACCAUACAAAGUGACCCAAGUCAAUUUAACCCAAUGCAUCAACGUGUUGGCUAGCCCAAUGGUUGAUCAUUGGGUUCCCUAAUCUCUCAUGUUAAAAAUUAUUGGAAUGGUGUAUUGGAAGCUGGUGUUGGCAAUUGCAGGGUGGGUAUUCAUGCUUCUUGUCGUGAUUAUUAGAAUCUUACAAUUCAUGAUUUGGAUCACAUGAUUCAAUACGAAUUGGGUAGCCAACAAUUCAUAUCAUAUGAUAAAUCAUAGAUAACUUUGAAUCUUGCUAUAGAUAGAUAAAUUAGUUCAAUUUCAUAUCAUUGAUACAAAUCACAUGAUUAAUCUAUUAAAUGUUUUUUAUUUUUUAGUUUUCUUUCACUAUUUCUUAUUGAAGACAUCAAUGAGUUAGAUAAGUUUAGUUUAAAUUGUUCAAUGAACCGGAAUUGAAGGAGCAUUAUUGAAUGCACCUUAUUUAAUUAUUCAAAUGUUUUAUUUUCAUUCUCUAAGACAAGGAUUUCACACCGUCACUCUUUUUUAUGCAUUAUAUUCUGUUUUUCUAUUUUAGUCCCUUGAAAUAAAGGUUUCACUCACUCAAUUGUGACUUAUGAUUUUGUUUCAUGAUAUUGAUGAUAAUUUUCUAGAUUAAAAUUAUUACAUUGAGUACUAUACAUCAUUUAUCAUUUGAUAUAUUUUAGCCAUUUUUAUUGUCUUUGAAUUUUACAAUUUGAUAUCAUUUAUGAUUCAUAAAUUAGCUUAACAAUUCAUUUAAUGGAAAUUUAAUAACCUCGGUUAUGAAUUUAAGAUUGUACUAUAUUUUCUAAAUUCAUUUAUUUCAUUGUAUUAGCCGUUAGUCAAAUGCCUAUUUAUUUACUUCUAUCCUUAGCGAAUUACACAAGUUUAGGUUAUAAACAGAAGUGCAAAGCUAGAAACCCUAGGAAUUCAUCAGAUCCGCCGCAUCUUCUCUUUUGCUUGGGUUUGCUUGGGUAUAGGUGAGUACCUGACAAGAAUCAUCGGGUUCAAAAGAUUUUAGUAGCGCUUGUUGCAGAUACUUUCGUUGUGUUAUAUACUCUCUCUGAGAUGGAUUCUGACAAUUUCCAGUCAGUUGAUUUGAGGAAGUACAUAUGUCCAGUACCGGGUAUCCAAGUUUUGGUGGUAGAUAACAACUUGACAUGCCUAGCAACUGUAUUGAAAAUUCUUCAAACCCUUGGAUAUGAAGUUGUGACUGCUUCAUUAGCUUCUGAAGCAUUAGCGAUUAUUGAGAAGAAGAAAGAUGAACUUAACCUUGCACUUUUGGAGGUUGACUUACCAGACAUGAAAAUAAAUUCCCUGACAGAGAAAAUAAGAGAAAUCUCUGACCUUCAGUAUUUUCUUAUGACUGCUAAUGAUAAUCCAUUGUGCAAUGGAUCUAAGAGGUAUUUUAAAAAGCCAGUCACCAUUUAUGAUCUAAGCAGCCUGUGGAUGUAUUUGAAGUGGAAAAUAGAAGAUGGAAGCAUAGUUACUGAAGAUGUAAGAAGCUAUGUAAACAACAAUCAAGAAUUCCAACCAUUCCUGAACGCCAGAGGGCAGACUCUCCAAAUUGGGAAAAGAAAAGAACAAAGACAUAAGAUAGGGGGAAAUCAAAGUGAAUCAUUAUUGCUGAAAAGGAAAAGGCUUAGCUGGACUGGUGACUCACAUACGAAGUUCUUGGGAGGUGUUGAAUUUUCAGGAACCAGUGGAGAAGCUCCUCCAAAUCAAAGACACCAGCUUAGAAAUGUGCCAGGACUUGCAAAACAGAAUGUUAAAAACCAUUUGCAGCAAUCUCUGCAACAAGCUAAUCCAAUUCAUCAGCACAGCAAUAUACAUUCAUCUGAUUUGAAUUUGGGAUCGCAGUAUGUUUCUCAGACUGACAAUUAUAACGGUAAAAUACACCAAUUGCCCAAUUGUCACGUUAAGAUCUGUAAUUGCAUGCAUCUGCAUUCUCAACGCAACCCAUUAUAUGAAUUAUCAAUUUUAAGUCCAAGUGAUCAGACAUCAACUGGGCAAAAUCAAUUGUAUCCACCGGGGGAACUGUUCGGUGCUGCACACUACACAUCCGGGUCUGGUGAAUUUAUGAACAAUGGUAAUGGUAAGUCGGGGGAGACAUGUGCUGAAAAUACUACUGAUAUAAAAGUUUUCAGUGAGGACACACAUGUAUACUGUGUGGAUGAUCUUGCUGUGCAAAGUGAAAUGGAUUUUUCAACUCUGUUAGCCAAUGACAUGUGCCAACGAUUUCACCCAUUCCUUCCCGUUCCUCUUCCACCAUCAGAUGGAAAAGAACAUGGCAUUUCUGGGGCUGAAGCAGGACAGAUUGAUGAAAUUUUUUAUCCUCCAAAUGGAACUCAGCAGUUUAGUGAUGAGGAUUUAAAUAUCUGGUUAUCAAUGGUUAAAUCCCUGAAUUGCUCAAUGGUGUUGCUUGAAGCUGUGGAAGGCUGAAAAGAGAAUAGAGUUUAUCAUAUGAUUUGUCGAUGUUUUUUUGUACUUUUGCUUUGAGAAUUUUGUCUUAUUCGAAGUUGUUGCUGAUUUCAUUUAGAGUAAGUUUGACAAUUUCUAGUUUUAUUUUACUAUUUGAAAAGUUUCUUUAACUACA